UUCGCAUCAUAUGACCAGCGCAGAUGAAAGUCCUUUCACCGAAGAAAACGGAUGUAACCGAGACAGUAACUUGUUUUAUUUUAUUGUAUCAUACGUAUGUCUUAUGGCAACAUCGUCCGUGAAUUUCGUUCUAUUUUCUUUGUUUUUUAUAUACCUAGGAAUAUGUUUGUCCCAAUGCAAAGACAUCCGACAUUCUUUGGAUGAUGACCUCUUGUUACCUUACACCAAAUCCCACGGCCCAUCUCAUUCUCACCGCCACGUGAGGGACUGUCAGUCUGUCGCUCAUGGCAAUGUAACCCAAGAAACCUGGGCAGCAAGCAAACACUCGAACUCUCCAGUGUUCAAGUCAAAUAUGUUCAUCUCCGACAUCACGGAUGACUCUGGUGUUCACAGAUGGGUGAGUGGCCACAUCACAGAGGUGCAUGACCCACUGAGAUCCGUGUCCGUUCUGGAACCAGGAGGCCCUGGAGGGUGUGAGUGGAGUCACAGAGAGCUGGUGGAGCUCACUGCCAAAACUAGAAAGUGCCUUAUCGCCCAGAAUGGAGGCUUCUUUGACCCGGACAACGGGCAGUGUUUGGGGAAUAUCAUAAGUGAUGGGAAACUGGUGAGGAACAGUAGAGGAAUUCAAAAUGCUCAGUUUGGCAUCCGAAAGGAUGGGACGCUCGUGUUUGGCUAUCUGUCUGAAGAUGACAUCCUGGAUCAGGUAAACCCCUUCGUGCAGCUGAUCAGUGGGGUGGUGUGGCUGCUGAGAAACGGUGAGAUCUACAUCAAUGAGAGCAUCCAGGCAGAAUGUGACGAAACGCAGAAGACCGGAAAAUUCCAGUACUUUGUGGAUGUGAUAUCUGCCCGUACGGCGGUGGGUCACGAUGCAGAAGGGAAACUCAUUCUCUUUCAUGUUGAUGGUCAGACGGAUGUAAGAGGAAUGAACCUCUGGCAAGUGGCAAAGUUUCUAAAGGAACAGAAUGUCUUAAAUGCUAUCAAUCUGGAUGGAGGCGGCUCGGCCACUUAUAUCCUCAACGGAUCCUUGGCCAAUUACCCUUCAGACCACUGCAAACUUCCGAAGUGGCGCUGCCCACGGGCAGUAUCCACUGUGCUGUGUGUUCACGAGAGGCUGUGCCAGCCAGAGGACUGCAGCGAACAUGGGCGCUGUGUUGAGGGCCAGUGCGUGUGCCAGCAGGGCUGGAGCGGCCCAGGAUGUGCCAAUCUCACAUGCCAGGCUGAAUGUGGAGAGCAUGGGAUCUGCACUGAGAAUGGAUGUGUGUGUGAUGCUGGAUGGAUGGGUUUAAAUUGUAGCCAAGUAUGUGCAGCAGGUUUCUAUGGCGAUGGCUGUAAUCAAACAUGCACGUGCACAAACGGAGGCUCAUGUGAUCCUGUUCACGGACGGUGCACCUGUCCUGCUGGUCUCCAUGGAGAUUCCUGCGAGCAAGAGUGCCCUCUUGGAUUCUAUGGGCUGAACUGCAAGCAGUCAUGCCAAUGCCAUGACAUGUGCCCAUGCAACGCUGUCACAGGAAGCUGCAACACCACAUACCAAGGAGAGAGAAACAUCAGCCUGCACAGAGCCGGUCACUGCCUGGCUGCCCAGAUGUUGAGGGAAUGGAUACAAGAGGAGGAAACUCAUACUCCCAAACCCUAUUUAUCUGAACAAAGCUGGCUGGUUGUCUGCGCUAUCCUGGCAACGUCGCUGCUAGCCAGCCUCGCCGGUAACCUUAUCCAGACGUGCAGAAAAUGCAAAGCGCGCGGGCAGAGGGCGGACUACUCCUACUUGCCGCUGGGAGAGAUCAACGGGUCCGUGGAGCGAAGCAGAGGACAGGGGACAAAGUCUGGGAAAGUUCUUUUUCAGGAAGAAGAUUCUGACUCGCAAGACUCCUCAUAAUGAUGUGACCGUGUUUCAAAAUGUAUGCAUUUGUGCUGGUUCAUGCAAAUGUGCCAUCCAGCAGAGAGCUAGCUAGCCAGAACAAGCCCUCAUUAGUCUGAGGAUUAGGAAAGGGUUUGUUUGUUCCUGCUGUGAAUCGAUGAGCUUUUGGAAGGGCCUCUUCGCCUUUGGAUUGGGGCCUCCAAAUUGGUGAUGAUGGAUACUGAGAUGGGCGUUGUCGUCCAAACAGCUGUUUGUGUGGCUCAGUGCGUUCAGUCUGUAGACACCAGCUCAACAGAUGCCAAAUGCCUUGAUAGUGCAGUUUGACUGCAUUUUGCACAUUUCUUGUUUGUUUGAGUACACUUUCAUAGUAGCUGCUAGCAACAAGUUUCUCAUGUUACAUCAUUCACAGUUUAAAAUACUGUUUCGUUGACCUCAAUAAAGCCUUUCAUUGUGGUCUUCAGGCGAGAAGAGAACCAAGAAAAAGAGCAAUAUCACCACACAGCCUUUUUAUUGACAGAAUGGCCCAGUUGUUCCACCUGUUGCCAUAGGAACAGACAAGUUUUGAACUAUGAAUCCUUCUUGCAGGAACUUGCCAAAAUGCUGUUUUGAAACAUAGUUUUAUUGAAUGAUUUUUUUUUUUUCUCUGCGGCACCAGAGGUCAUUCAGUUUAUUUUGAUUCCACCCCUUAGUCCUUUUGUUUCUGUAAACGCCUUACCAACUCCUUCCAGCCUUAUCAUGGUGUUGUUUUGUGUGUUGUCUUAAGCACUUACAACCAGCCAUAGAAACACAUUAUGAAAAAAGAAAAAAAAGAAAAAUAAUCAAGGCCUGGAUUGUUAUCACACUCUCUCAGAAAGAAAGAGAAGGACAUUUCCUCUGUGCUUAGCACAAAGUCGCUCUUUUUUCUGUGUUCUCAAGCAGUGAAUCUGGGCUUUGGGAAGAUAUUUGAGAAGAAAUGUUUUGUCUGGUUCUGUUUUAGCUCUGAUGCAUGUCACAAAUAUUAUGGAAGAGGAACAUUAACUCAGGUCUGUAGUUCCUGUGUUGUUUCCUGUUUAGCAUAAAAAUAGAUUUAGACUUGUCUUGUUUUAAGAGUUUAAACAUUUCACAAGCAAACACAGAGACAUGUGGAAGAAUGAAUCUCAUUAAACCGUCAAAACAUUCCAGAUCAUAUUAAAUUAAACAUCAUCUGAAAUAAAUAAUAUUUUUUCCCUAAAAAAAAUUUAAUCCUAUUUUGGACACUAAGCUUUUUUUUUGUAAACAUUCUUUCAUAGUAUUUUAAUGACAAUUAUGCACAUUUUCUCUGCUUACUUUUCCUCACUGUAAUGUAAAAUAAUCUAUUAUUUUUGUAACAUUAAAAAAAAUAUAUUUUGUUAAAUCUAUUAGAUUGUAAAUUAUUUAUACACCUUGGUAGUACUUGUACUUUCUUUAGCAUAUGCUGAGGUAAAUAAAAAUACUGUCAAAGAAAAACACCUAGUUACAUUACAAUAAUGAGAAUUUUCAGGGAAAAAUUGCUUAAUUUUAUGAUGCACAAAAAUAUUUGAAUGGACAACAUUUUUCAUGCAAAAUAUAAUUUCUUUUUGAUGCUGUUGUUGUUAUUUUGAGGGGAAAUGUAGCUUGUACAUCUUUUCACCCAGGUAGUGAUGCCUUUAGUUACAGAGUUAAAGAAAUAUCAUUUACAAAAGGUGUUUGUCUGCAGUGUGACACAUUUGACUGUUUAUUAACUUCCACCUGGCUCACUGCCUGCUUUGCAUAUGUUCUUCACUGUGAGCAACCUCUAUGCUGAUUGCCUAAAGCAGUCAGGGACAAAGACUUCAAUGUAGUUUUUGAUAUAUCUAAUCAUGCAGGCAGAUGCUGCACAGGUUAGAGAGGGUACUUGUAGGUACAGGUGUGAGGGUACUACAUCUAAGGCUACUUACACUCAUUUUAAGUGAGUGAUUUUGUUAUGUUAUGUUAAACAAUAGAAAUUGCUAUCAAAAGAACAUGCAUAAUAAAUAAUAAUACAUUUUGUUUGUGUGAUUAAUGUGUGAUUAAUCUCUCUAAUUCAGAUCAUCUGGUUGCUCUCAGGUUGGCUUCUAUUUUUUAUUGCAUAUAUGUUUGUGCCCAAAAUAGCUGGUUUCCCCAAAAUAAAUUUACAGUCCAAAUUUUUUCCUCUUCCAUGCACUGGAUAAGUUAAUAAAAUUUGGCUUUAAUUAACUUAUCAGGUUAUAUAAAGAUUGUAAUUGUACUAUUUUAUACUCUUCAGGCCGCUAAUCGAAUAAUGAAUUUGUCAGGUCACUGAAGGACACAACUGGUUGUCAUUGCAUAGACUGCAAAUGAAAGGUGUGUUCUUUCAGAGAAAAGUUAAAAGCCUGUUUCUCCUGGGUGUGAUCAAUAGAAAAAGGGUGUUCAGGAACAGAUGUGUGUCACAAAACGUGAAGAUGAGGAUUUCAUUGUGCUGUUUAAUUUUGUUUAAAAAAGUGGUUGUUCCUCAAAAGACUGGAUUUGACUGGAUUUAGUCACAUUUAUGUCAUUUCAACAAACAACAUAUUUGUGCUUCAUCAUGUUUCAUUUAAUUUUGUGGUCAACACAGGUCACCUUUAACAACAAACAAAAAGACUAUUAAAAGCCAUCUGUGUG